AUGAAAAGAACAGCUUCCAGUAGUUCCAUUAGUAGUAAUAAAAAGAUAGAUAAAAGAGAGAAACUUUCCCGGUUUCAACGCGUCAAAAAUGAGAAUGAAGUCUUGAAUUCAACUAUAAGCAGACAUGCCAGUGCAUUAGGAGAAAUGGAUGAGGUCUCUACGCGCGACAAUAGUUCUUAUAUUUUUUUUAUUCCGGGUUCAAAUGUUAUUUCGUCACUUCAAGAAAUUAAUAAGAUGAUAUAUAAAGAAAGGGAGAGUCUCAUAACCCUUUAUAAGCUAGAGUUUAUAGAGUCACGACUGUUCCCUCUAGUACUUUUAAACAGUCGUCUUGAAGAUUGUUCACAAAGGGAAAUUUUACGAUUAUGCGUUGAGUUGUUGACUCGAAUGACCAAAAAUUACUCAUCGGAUAAGAAUCAUAAGGAUUUGCCUUUUAUGAAGAUAAAUUCUGCUUACAAGGAAUUAUUCGUAUUAAAUCCUUCAGUGAUUCGUAACAUUCGUAUUAUGUUACAAUGGCAUUUGAAUUUGGUUAAUAGGGGUAACGAGGAUAAGAAGUUUAUUCAUUUGCUGCUUCUAACGUGUCGUAAUCUCCUAGCGAUAAAAGAUUCUCCUGGUUCUGGAAAUCUUACUGUUAAUGAAAAAUUAAAGACUCAUUUUGAUUUGAUCGUUCAAUUUUACAAUGAGAACCUGAUUGAACUCUUUACAACUAUGGCAAGUGAUAAAGAUGACGUUCUUUGGCAUACGCUUGUCUUUGAGAUUUUCUACCAUAUUCUUGAGCAUAAUGGUCCCGAGGAUCUAUUUAUAGAUUCUAAAAUGGAAGCAUCAUCUAAAGGGGUUAAACUAAUGGAACAAGUGAAGAAUAGACAGGAAGAAAUACGUAAAAAAUUUUCUAAAGUUUGUCCAAAGAUCUGGAUGGACACUAAAAAAGGUUAUGAGAAACCUGUAGAUAUUCGACAAGCUUGGGAAGGUAUUCCAAAAUUUGGUUUGAGGGAAAAGGUUGAUAAUGAGCAAAGGAUUUUGGCCGAACCUGUUAAUAAGAAAAAACGCAUCGCACUUGAUGAUCCAAUUCGGAAAUGCAUUAAAUUAACUUCACUAAAGAUUAUUAAAAGCAGCGCGUUUGAAGUUCUCAUCAGCACGAUUCAGAAAGAAAUGAAUGCUAAAAUUGACAAGCAUGAUAUAAAUAAACACAUUAGUCAUUAUUUAUAUUUAGUUGAUUAUACUUUAAAAUUUAGGAUACGGUUGGUUUCAGAGAGCUCAUCAUCCUUAAAAGAUGAAGUCUUAUUAUCAAGUGUAAAUGAGAUAUCUGAUAUUUCUCAUGUGCGACCCGCCGUAACCAUCGAAACGUUCGAAUGGAUGUUUUCUUUGUUAGUAAAACGCGAAGAUAAUGAGAACAUGUUGUCGACAAUAAAACAAGUUACACUGAAUGAGUCAAAUCGUGAAACUGUUUUGUCUAUAUUAAAAUACAUUUAUGACAACGAAAAUUAUGCGAACCGUAUUCUUGAUCUUCUUAAGGAUAUAGAAAACCUUGCUUUCAAGGAACAAGAGGCAUUGAUUUCCGUUGUUCAUUCAUAUUUAGAGGCGUUGGAUCAUUAUGAAGGAGUGAUACAAAUGUUUAAUAAUGGGCUUCAAAAAAAGUUCGUCUCUGAUGAGAUCAUAAAUAAUUAUUGUAAGGUAUUGGAGGGAUAUCGAAAAUUAGAUGAUGAAGAACUCAAAUGUAUAGUAGAAUUCUUCUAUCGUAUCUGGUAUAAAUAUGAUCUUGAAGGGAUGUUCUAUAAGAUAACGAUUAUGUACCUUUUUAAUCACAUCUUGGAUGAUCUUGGAUAUCGUCGAGGGUUGACGUUGGCUCAACAUGAACUAAUGUCAUUCAUUUUAAAUAUUAGCAACAAGUUGUUGAAUGAACUCCCAAAGAAACCUUUGUUAUAUGUUGAACUUUUUUAUCCCAAGAAUUCUGAAGAUUGUCAUUUAUUACAACAAGGAUAUAAUUUCGAGGGUUGA